AUGUUCAAAUUCAUCUUCGUUCUAGCAUUUGCAGCUUUCGUCGCUGCUGAAUACCAUGAAGAGCACUAUUCUCAUCCGAAGUACAAGUUUGAGUAUGGAGUAAAGGAUUCCCACACUGGAGACAACAAGGAUCAGUGGGAACACCGUGACGGUGAUGUUGUCAAAGGGCAGUACUCUCUGUACGAAGCUGACGGAACGAAACGCAUCGUGGAAUAUACUUCCGAUAAGCACCAUGGCUUCCAGGCUCACGUGAAGCGAGUUGGACAUGCCCAACAUCCACAGAUCUAUGGACACGAAGAAGGGCAUCACCAUUCUGAAGCCACACAUGGACAUGAGCACGGACAUGCUAGCAGCUAUGCUAAUCUGUACCAACAUCACCACUGA